AUGAACUUUGACGACGAUGCCCCUCCGGAGCUGGUUGACGUUAGUGGUGGGAUUCAGAACUCUGGAGAGAGCGUCAAUGUAAAAGUACCCAUAACCAUUGUGACAGGAUAUCUCGGCGCUGGGAAGACGACGCUAUUGAAUUACAUACUUACAGCCCAACAUGGCAAAAAGAUUGCCGUUAUCAUGAAUGCCGUGGACAUUGAAAAGUCUCUCACAGUGAGCCAGGGCGACAAUAGAGUAGAGGAGUGGCUUGAAGUUGGAAACGGCUGCCUAUGUUGCUCUGUCAAGGAUACUGGUGUAAAUGCCAUCGAAUCUCUGAUGGAAAAAAAAGGAGCUUUCGACUACAUUUUGCUCGAAACAACUGGACUGGCAGACCCUGGCAAUAUUGCACCUCUUUUCUGGGUUGAUGAUGGCCUUGGCAGCACAAUAUACCUCGAUGGAGUGGUGACUCUGGUGGACGCAAAGAAUAUCCUAUACAGCCUUGACGACACGAAGGGGAAAAUCGAGGAUCAUAACGAACAUGACCAUCACGGCCCUUUGAUGACAACAGCUCACGUGCAGAUUUCGCACGCCGAUGUCAUUGUUUUGAAUAAAGCGGAUUUAGUCAGUGAAGACGAGCUGAGAAGAGUCAGAGAACGGAUUGAGUCCAUUAACGGAGCUGCGAGAAUACAUGUGACGCAGAGAAGCGAAGUGCCCGAGCUUGAGGGAUUCUUGCUAGAUCUUCAUGCAUAUGACCAGUUCAAUGUGGAAGAGGCUAAGAACAAAGGCCACAGUCAUCUGGAUCCGACGAUAUCGACUGUUUCUAUACCAGUGACAGCUCUGCGCCCCGAGCAACUGCAAGAUGUUGACCGAUGGCUACGAGCAGUUCUCUGGGACCACAAGCUUCCAGGUACAGAAACCUCUAUAGAGUUUGAGAUUCAUCGUUCCAAGGGCCGUCUUGUCUUUAACAACGGCGAUGUGAAGUUGUUACAAGGUGUUAGAGAAAUAUUCGAGAUCAUGGAUGCUCCAAAUGGCGCUGAAAUUACUGCAACAGAAGGCAAGAUUAUUCUCAUCGGUAGAGGGGUGCAGGGCAUAGAUUUUAGCGAACAACGCCUCAGGCUGGGCGUUCAAUGCAGCUGUUCCAAUGGGCGGCGGCGCCUUUCAGAACCAGGCCCGCCAGCUGGGAGGAAACGUCAGUUUUGCGCAGAGCUUGAGCGGGUCACAACCUGCUACGCCACUCGACUUGUCGUACGUCCUUUCCAUGCAUUCACUUCUGUUAAAAUUCCCCGUCGCUAUAUCACUUCACUGCGCCCUCGCGAUCCCUUCACUGCUUUCUGCCGUUUGCAACAUCAAAUCACUAUGAGUCGCCCGGUGGAGAAGAAACACAAACUAGUCAGAAUCAGAGUUGAAGAAUCACCGUCAAACAUGGGGCCUGGAUCGCAGUCCUUCCCUGGCUUGGCCUACUCUGCCGUCCUCAAGGGACAGGCAAACCCGAAUUCUUCGAAGCCGACUCUGCGCCCUCCUUUUCCUGCUGAAUUUAUUCCACAGAGUGCCCAGGGGCACAGUAUUUCGCAAAAUCCGCUAAUUGACAUGCACAGGGAAUUCCCAUCGCUUUCCAAUAACUCUCAACUCCCUAGCACAACCCAAGGGUCGAUGUGGUCUACGGCGGGCUCGAGAAAUAUCGGUGGACCUAUUCAGCGAAAUCAGCCGACACAAGGAUCCUCUCAGCAAGGUGGACAGGAUGAUCUCUUCGGUCCUCCGUCCUCCCGGAUGCAGCCAAAUCAGGGGCCAUUUCGUUUUGGAGCACAACCUUCCCAAGUUCAACCAAACAGCGUUGAUGAUUUCCCUCCAUUAAAUCGGACAUCCAAUGGAGAAAUUGGUUCAGAGCGCGGCGGUAACGUCAUGUCUUCGAUUGGCUUUGGACCGCAAAAUCCUGUCUCCUCAGGUCCAAUGCAGAGCGGUGGGGGAAAUGGCUUGCUGAAUGCUCUAACAGCAACAAGCCGGGCAAGUGACGUACGAUCACCGCCCGCCAUCGGCACACCAAACGGUCCUGGUCGACAGCAGCCGCAACAGCAACUUGAUGGUAAGCAGAAGUUUCGAGAAGACGGCUCAGGCAAGGCGUCGGAAGUAGCUUCGCCAACUGCUGAAGGACGCGGAUCUCUUGGUGUGAUUGGAAGCGAAGGUCCGAACGGAAGAUUGGCCGAACGCAAGGAUAGCCAAGCAGCAGAUGUCGUAGAUCCCUUGGCAGGAAUGGCGGCGGUUGAUAAAUGGGGGAUAAAAGGUCUACGAACACUGAUGAACAACUACCCCGAUUAUCACGCCAUGAUCAUAGGGAUGGACCCCAGCUCGAUUGGUCUUGAUCUAUCUUCCCCAGAUCUGAUCUCAACCCAAAUGUACUCAGUAUUGGAUGAUACUCCCCCAAAACCGACGGUCAACACUAAUAAAUUUCGAUUACCCGACUGCUACAGCGUAACAAACGUGCAGCCGAUAGAAACCAAGAUACAGAGUUUCAACGAGGAAACCCUGUUCUGGAUCUUCUAUAGCUGUCCCUUGGAUGUCAAGCAGCAGAUGGCUGCGGUGGAAUUACAUUCCAGAAACUGGCGAUGGCAUAAGAAGUUGCAGGUUUGGUUGACCAAGGAUGAGCACAUGACUCCUCAAAUCCUAAGUCCCAACCAUGAGCGAGGAUACUACAUUGUAUGGGAUACUGCCACUUGGCGAAAGGAUCGGAGAGAGUUCACACUGCACUACGGAGAUCUGGAUACCUCUUUAGGACAACCGCCGCCAGUGUUGUCAUAG